UCUUCCAACGUAAGCUAUAACUGUUUAAAACGAACCAAUCGAAGCGGUUACACUCACUCUCAUUCUCAGAGAAGCUACCUUUCCCGCUUCUUCUUCUACUCUCAUCCCCAUUAAAAUUACUCAUCAAAACAUACAAUUUUGACCUCAUUUUUGCUUAUUCCCCAUUAAAGCAGGGAAAAUGAUGCUAAUGAAAGUGAAAAAAGAAGAAAAUUUGUGUAAUGUGGAUUUUGCAGCUGAUCAAGAAGUGAUUACAGAUGCUUUGCCUACUUCUGUUUAUUUUCCAAGAAGGGUUACUGGACCAACUAAACAAUCAAUAAAAGGACGCUGGACUGAGCAUGAGGAUUAUCAACUGACGGAAGCAGUUACGAAAUUCCAUGGAAGGAAUUGGAGGCUAAUAGCUAAAUGUCUUCCUCAGAGGACAAUUUCUCAGUGCUUUAGUCGCUGGAAGACGGUUCUUAAUCCUUCAAUUAUUAAAGGAGCUUGGACUAAGGAGGAGGAUGAAUGUAUCACAGCGUCGAUCAGGCGGUUUGGUCCUAAUAAAUGGUCCGUUGUUGCGAAGUCCUUGCCAGGUCGCCUAGGCAAGCAAUGCCGAGAAAGGUGGUUCAACCACUUAAACCCAGCUAUAAGGAAAACUUUGUGGACAAAAGACGAGGAGUUAAUUCUUACUUCUUACCAUGAAAUAUAUGGCAACAAAUGGGCAGAAAUAGCAAUGUUUCUACCCGGAAGGACUGACAAUGCAAUAAAAAAUCACUGGAAUUGCAUUAUGAGGAAGGGGUUUAAUUCGAACUUCCCCCUUGCAAUUGCGAUGAACAGGUGCACGGCUGGCCCUAUCAAUGGCUGCAGUUGUCCACUAAAUCCGAAUAGCAUGGAGGUAAAGCAAGAAAGAGAGACUCCUGAAGGAACAGUUUCUGUCUCUCAAAAUGUGGUGUCGAAAUGCAGGGAUGGUGCUAAAACUGCGAGCCAUGUAACCAAUGGCAUUGUGCAUAGUCCCCUUUUACACUCUGAUUCGGACCUUCUCUUUGACGGAUCUACUUCAACUAGCUCAUGUCAUGAUACAUUUGAAGCUGUUCAUAUUUCCAAUUCCGAUUCAGUACUCAGAUGGCGUAAAGGGCUCAAUGAUCAUGAGCUAGAUGCUGUUCUUUCGGGGUGCUGCGAUAAAAAGGAGAACUCAUGUCCGAAUAGGACGAUAACUGCUACCGGAAAGCAAAACAGAGUUCAGGAACUACAAAUUCCUUCAGUGCAGCUGAAUGAGUAUGCAAAUAGUCCAGUUUGUUGUUUUACUCCUACCAACUAUGUGAAAUUGAAUAGUCCAGAAUCCAUCCUGAGGAAUUCAGCAAGAACCUUUAAAAAUACUCCCUCUAUUAUACGAAAAAGAACUUACAGGGAGUCCGGUUCCGAUGUUAAAGCUCUUAGAAGACAGCUUGAUUUUGCAAAUGUAAUGCCGAAAUCAUCAUAAGAUGAUUAAGUUGGUAAGCUGUUGAUUCGUUGCUUUCAUUUGAUUACCUUAUUAUGCAAAUCAUUAUGUUCUAUGUCAGAAUUGAUAUCUGAUGUAUGUUUUAGAACUGUUGAUUCUGUGAUUUUGAUCUCACUUCUCAAUCAAUGGCCAUCUCAGUAUUACCUUUA